UGUGCACGCUUCAGCAUGUCGAUAGCCGACGCUCUGCGAGCCGUAGAAGACGACGAGGAAGGCACCGGCGCCUGCUGGCGCGGCUCUGAUCGCGGCCAACCCGAUGGAGGCGGACUCAUCCGGCGUCGGCGGCGGCGGCCAUCAGCGGACUUCAUGCGCCGGGCGGCGCCCUGGCUGGGCCUGGGCACCGUGCAGGGCGCCGCCCCGGAACGGGGCACCCUGCCGCCGCUAGAUGCCGCGGACCGCGACCUGCUCACUCCCUUGGUCGUGGUCAUCGUGUUCACGGUGUUCCUGAUUGGAUUCGCCCAAGGCGCCGACGAACUGUUCCAGGACAUGGGCCUGGAGGCUUACUAUGCGGACGAAGACCGAUACAUGACCCGGACUGUCAUGGCUCCAGGAUUAUCGAGAGAGCACCUGGAACUGAGCAGCCAGGGAUCAUCGCUUGGAAGAGCGGACGUGGACGAGCCGGGAAGUGCGGUCACUUCGUCGUCGUCGUCGCCAGCGCAGACGAGCUUUGACCGCCGCCACCAGCGCCGCUCUAGCGGCCCCCGUCGUCGGAGGCGCGACACACUCAGCACGCAUGCCGUCCGCAGCAUCGCUGAUCGGCACAAGCCCAAAAACGUGCCGAAGCCUCUCAACAAGCCGGACACGCCGGGCUGAGGAGCAAGACGCGGCUUUCUUUUUUUUUUCCUCAAGGACACUCUCUCACAACGUACAGAGCUUAUCGAAAGGAAAUAAAAUUUCGCGACCCAGGCACAACGACA